AUGUCGUCACACGCGCACAAUUACUGCGUUUAUUUUCUAUAUCAUUUUUUCAACAAAGCCACACACACACACAUUCCCUCUCGCUCUCUCAUUUUCGCUUUCUUUUCUGCUUCAUUCUUUCUGUUUCUUGCACGCUCGUUUUCUGCGCAAGCGCACUCGGAACUUUUGUUCGAUACUUUUCACAUCUAUCUAUCUAUCUAUCUAUCUAUCUAUCUAUCUAUCUAUCUAUCUAUUUCAGUUUGUUCGUCACGUUCUUUGUGUGUCUGUGUAUGUCCUAGACUUUUCAUAUCUAUCUAUCUAUCUAUCUAUCUAUCUAUCUAUCUCAAUUUACUUUUCAUAUCUAUCUAUCUAUCUAUCUAUCUAUCUCAAUUUGUUCAUGACGUUCUUUGUGUGUCUGUGUAUGUCCUAGACUUUUCAUAUCUAUCUAUCUAUCUAUCUAUCUAUCUAUCUAUCUCAAUUUACUUUUCAUAUCUAUCUAUCUAUCUAUCUAUCUAUGUUUUUCAUGCCCAUCUAUGUCUGUAUGUCCUAGACUUUUCAUAUCAUUCAUAUCUAUCUAUCUAUCUAUCAUUCAUCUAUCUAUCUAUCAUCUAUCUCAAUUUACUUUUCAAAUCUAUCUAUCUAUCUAUCUAUCUAUCUCAAUUUGUUCAUGAUCUUUUUUGUGUGUCUGUGUAUCCCAGACUUUUUUUAUCUCAUCUAUCUAUCUAUCUAUGUUUUUCAUGCCCAUCUAUCUCAGUUUGUUCCAGACGCUUCAUAUCUAUCUAUCUAUCUAUCUAUCUAUCUAUCUAUUCAUCUAUCUAUCUAUCUCACUUUGUUCAUGACUAUAUUUAUGUAUCUAUCCUAGACUUUUCAAAUCUAUCUAUCUAUCUAUCUAUCUAUCUAUCUAUCUGUCUGUCUGUCUGUCUGUCUGCCUACCUGUCUCGAGAAGAAAAUAACGGUAUUUCACUCAUUCGUUUUGUUUUAAACUCUUUCUUUUCUCUUCCCUUAAUUUAUUUUUUAAAACUACCUCCCCACUCUCCUUUUUUUCUUUUCAUGUUCUCUCCUUCCGGCUCACUCUUUGCACAAUACAUUUAUUCUCCCUCUCCUUUUUUCUUUCUAUAUACCACUCCUUAUUUAUUCUUUAGCCGUAAUCCGUUGUCAUUCAUGCCUCCCUCUUCUUCUUCUUCUUCUUCUUCUUCUUCGUCGUCUUCUUCUUCUUCUUCUUCUUCUUCAUCGUCGUCGUCGUCGUCGUCUUCUUCUUCUUUCUUCUUCUUCUUCUUCUUCUUCUUCUUCUUCUUCUUCUUCUUCUUCUUCAAUCUACGCCAAUGCGGCCAGACUAUCAGCUGA